ACCCUAAAUCUUCAUUUAAGGAGAGACUCCAGCUUAGAUAUCUCCUCCUCUCUGGCCUGGCUGCACUACUUUGGGACUUCUCUGAGUGACUUCUCCACCCUAUCCUCCUUGUCAGACUUGGUCCAGUUCCCUGGAAAUAGUCACUGGUACCAGGCCAAGUCAGUGCUGUUGCCGUGUCCCCCUCACCGGAUUUCACCGUUGUGGGAAAAAGACCAUCUGUCCCAGGUUGAGCAAAUGUCCUAUCUUGAACACCAGGUCAGAAUCACCCCCAUAUCCCCACCACAUUCUUAUUAUUAUCAGAAUGAACUUGGAUCCUCGCCAUGGCUCAAACAUCUAGCCACAACUACACAACUGUCUCAAUCUUUUCCCAGGGCAAAGGCUGUGCCUUUACCUCAUCUUCAUCACCACGAUAUGGCUAAAGUCUCCCCAAGUAGCAAAUACCAGAAAGUCACCUCAGUCUUGGCCUUACAUAAUAGGCAUGACAUUGAGGCCAAAGUUGCCUUGAAAUCCUUCCAACAGGAAGCAACUCCUUCAAGCUCUGACCACCUUCCCAAGAUUUUCCCAAGCUGUGAGAAUUCAACUGAUAAUCUACUGUCUGUCAACCAAUCACUCUCAUCUCCAUCAUUCUCCGACAAUAAAGCUGAGUUUUCCCCAUUCCUCAGCCAUGGGUCCACGACAGAAAAAGGAAUAUAUUCUGACUUCCAGGGCAAGGACAAGCUAUCUGUUAUCUCAAUGAGCUCUGGUAACCAAACUAAAGUUGCAAGGAGGCUCCAAAGCCAAGUCAGGGCUACAACUGCUACUACAUUAGGAAAUUUAGAUUUGAGACAUACAGCCUCUAUUACCUCAUCAUCACUUUGUUUUAACCACUGGUCCAGGCCAACAGCAUCAAAAACAUCAGAAGUAGACCACUGGGUCCAGGCAAAAGCUUCCAAAAUGUCAUAUCCUGACCUCCACCUCAGGGACACAGUGUCACUAUUAAGAUGUAUUGACCAUCACUCCAGGCCCUUGACUGACUAUUCAUUACACCUGAACCAGAAAACUAGAGCAACCACUACAAACUCAUCCUGCCCCAAACGUAUUAAAGCCAAAGCUUUGCCAUCACCAGCUCCAAACCAUCGGGCCAGGACAAGAGCUACCUCAUCACAAGGUGUUAAAUCAUGGGACAAGGGAUCAGCUAAUCACUGGGUCACAGCUACCUCUGUGCCCUUCCCAUUACACCACCAAAUGUAUGACGUUCCAAUCAAACAGGCAUCAUCCCAAUGCACUCUUCAUCAUCAGGCCACUUGUCCACCCACUCCUGAAUACUACCAGGCCAAGUACGUGACAGACUCCAAUACCCACAUCUUGCUUCAGAAAGAAAAAAACCGUACAGAAGUCAUGCCACAAGAUCUGGACUACCAGUUCACAAUGCUAACAGGCCAGGUAUACUGGUCAACAUCCUCAGUGAACAUGGAAUACAAUGGUACUGCUUCAUUUGACUAUGACCAGAGUACCACAACUCCAUUCAGUCCUAGAUACCAGACUGAGAGUGAACCAAACCCCCAACCCCAGAUCACACUUCAAAUGGAAAGAAAGAAUGAUUGCCAAAGAAUAUCAGUAAGAUCAGACUAUGAGGUGACACAUUUCAUGGACCAAGAUCAAUGGGCAACACCUUCACAGGGUGUAAGAAACCCUCAGAACAGAACUGUCUCUGGUCCUGAACAUCAGACCAUAUCUCUAUCCAGCAAUGACCACCAGGCUGAGGAUAUAGCAGUAGACUCUAAUACCCAGGUCAUAUUCCAACAAGAACUAGAUAAAAGGGAAACAUAUUGGAUGAAAGAUCAAAAGUCUUCACAACCAUCCAGUGUAGACCACCAGGUCCAGGAGAUCCCAGGAGAUCCCAGAGACCCACAAACAUUCCAACAAGAACUAGAAAAGUGGAAAAUACAAGACCCUAAGUUGACACCUUCAUCCAGCAAUGGUCACCAGGCUGAGACUAUACCAGCAGACCAUAAAACCCAGGUCAUAUUUCAUCAAGAACUAGAUGAGUGGGAAACAAUUUGGAAAAAAGGACAAAACAAUCAGUCCACAUCUCCACCAAACAAUGACCCACAAAUUCAGAAUAUGCCAGAAGAUGCCAGAGUACAUAUUAUACUCAAGGGAGAACCAUGUGAUCAGGAUAAAUUUUAUAAAAGACUAGACCACCAACCCAUACUUUCACCUGGAAAUGACCAUCAAAUUCAGCAUAUUCCAGCAGAUCACAAUGCACAGGUAAUAUUCCAUCAAGAAGAGGAUAAACAUGAAACAUUUUGGACACAAGGACAAAACCAUCAAUCCACAUCUCCACUAAGCAAUGACUACCAAGCCCAGGCUACUCCAGAAGACCCUAGUGCACAUAUUACACUCAAACAAGAACCAGAGAAUUUGGACACAUUUUGGACAAAAGGACUAGAUCAGCAGCCUACGUCUUCACCUGGCAAUAAACGGGAGGCUAAAGAUAAACCAGACUUCAAUUCUAAGACUACACUUCAACAAAAAAUAGAAGAAUGGAAAACACUUUGGCCAGGAGAACCAGACAAGCAGGGCACAAUUCUAACAAACGAGGGUUAUUUGGCAACUUCCACAUUAGACCUAAAAUACCAAGAUGAAACUUCACCUGAAACUAACCACAUCUCCACAUCUCCACCCAACUGUGGUGAACAGGCUUCAGAUGUAGCAGAAUUUAGCAUCCAGGCCACACUCCAACAAAAAAUAAGCAAAAGGGAAACAUUUUGGCCAACAGAACCAGACAAACAGGCCACAACUGUAACAGACCAGGAUUACUGGGCCACAUCCCCAUGGGACAUAAAACAUCAAGGCAGAAUUUCACCUGACCUUCAUCAUGGAGUGACACCUCUAAUCACACAUGAAGAUCAGGAUUCAGAUGUACCAGACCUCAGUCCCCAGGUCACACUCCAACAAGACCUAGACAAAAGGGAAAUAUUUUGGCCCAUAGAACUAGAUAAGCAGGCCACAAUUCUCAAAGACAAGGAAUUCUGGGCCACAUCCCCAUGGGACAUAAAACAGCAAGACAGAACUUCACCUGACCUUCAUCAUGGGGACACACCUCUACCUAUAAAUAAAGAUCAGAAUUCAGAUGUAUCAGACCUCAGUGCCCGAGUCACACUCCAGCAAGAACUAGGCAAAAGGGAAACUUUUUGGCAAACAGAACUAGAUAAGCAGGCCACAAUUCUCAAAGACCAGGAUUACUGGAUCACAACCCUAUGGAACAUAAAACACCAAGACAGAACUUCACCUGACCUUAACCAUGUGUCAACAUCUCUACCCACACUUGAAGAUGAGGAUUCAGAUGUAUCAGACCUCAGUGACCAGGUGGUCAUACCCCAACAAGAACUAGGCAAAAGGGAAACAUUUUGGCCAAUAAAACUAGACAAGCAGGCCACAACUCUCAAAGGCCAGGAUUACUGGGUCACAACCCUAUGGGAUGUAAAACAGAAAGACAGAACUUCACCUGACCUUCACCGUGGGGCCACACCUCUAUCCACACAUGAAGAUGAGGAUUCAGAUGUAUCAGACCUCAGUGACCAGGUGGUCACACUACAACAAGAACUAGGCAAAAGGGAAACAUUUUGGCAAACAGAACUAGACAAGCAGGUCACAACUCUUAAAGGCCAGGAUUACUGGGUCACAACCCUAUGGGACAUAAAAGACAAAGAUAGAACUUCACCUGACCUUCACCAUGGGGCUACAUCUCUACCCAUACAUGAAGAUCAGGAUUCAGACGUAUCAGACCUCAGUGACCAGGUCACACUACAACAAGAACUGGGUAAAAGGGGAACAUUUUGGCCAAUAGAACCAAACAAACAGGCCACAACUCUCAAAGACCAGAAUUACUGGGUCACAGCCCUAUGGGACAUAAAAGACAAAGACAGGACUUCACCUGACCUUCCCUUUAGGGCCACACCUCUAUCCAGACACAAGGACCAGGAUUCAGAUAUAUCAGACCUCAGUGCCCAGGUCACACUCCAACAAGAACUGAGCAAAAGGGAAACAUCUUAUCCAACAGAGAUAGAAAAGCAGGCCACAAUUCUAAAAGACAAAGUUUACUGGGCAACACCCACACUGGAUCUAAAACAUGAAGAAAGAACUUCACCUGACCUCCACCAUGGGGCUACAUCUUCACUCAGCUGUGAGGACCAGGAUUCAGGUGCAAUAGACCUCAGUGAGCAGGUCAUACUCCAACAAAAAUUAGGUAAAAAGAAAAUAUCUUGUCCAACAGAAUCAGACAAACAAGUUGCAAGUCUAACAGACCAGGAUUACUGGGCCACAUUCCCGUGGGACAUAAAACAUCAAGACAGAACUUCACUUGACCAUCACCAUGGAGCUACACCUCCACUCAGUCAUGAAGACCAGGAUUCAGAUGCAACAGACCUUAGUUCCCCAAUCAUACUCCAACAAGAACUAAGUAAAAAGGAAAUAUUUUGUCCUACAGAGUUAGACAAGCAGGUCACAAGCCUAACAGACCAGGAUUAUUGGACCACAUUCCCAUGGGACAUAAAACACCAAGACAGAACUUCACUUGGCCAUCACCAUGGAGCUACACCUCCACUCAGUCAUGAAGACCAGGAUUCAGAUGCAACAGACCCUAGUCCCCCAACCACACUCCAACAAGAACUAAGUAAAAAGGAAACAUCUUGUCCCACAGAACUAGACAAGCAAGUCACAAAUGUAACAGACAAGGAUUACUGGGCAACAUCUCCAUGGAAUAUAAAACAUCAAGACAGAAAAUCCCUUGACUUUCACCACAAGGCUAUAACUCUAUCCAGCCAUGGUGACAAAACUUCAAAUAUAUCUGACCUCAGUGCCCAUGCUAUACUCCAACAAGAACAAGGAAAAAGGGAGACAUUCUGGUCAACAGAACUAGACCAACAGGCCACAACUCUAACAGAUAAGGUUUACUGGACAACACCUACAUUGGAUCUAAAUCAUGAAGACAGAAUUUCACUUGACUUUCACCAUGAGGCCACUUAUCCACCCAGAAAUGAGGUCCAGGAUUCAGACUCAGAUGACCUCAGUGCCCAGGCCACACUCCAGCAAGAACUAGGCAAAAAGAAAACUUCUUGUCCUACAGAAGUAGACCAGCAGGCCAUAAAUCUAACAGAUGAGGUUUGCUGGAUAACAUUGCCAUGGGACAUAAAGCACCAAGACAGAACUUUCCCUGAUCCUUAUCAUGAAGUCACAUCUCCACCCAGACAUGAAGACCAGGAUUCAGAUGUGUCAGAACUCAGUACUCAAACCAUAAUUCAACCAGAACUAAAUGAAUGGAAAACAUUUUGGUCCAGAGAAGCAAACCGACAGGUUACAACUCUAAUAGACAAGGUUUACUGGGUAACACCCAUGUUGGAUCCAAAAUACCUGGACAGAACUUCACCUGAUCUUCAUCAUGAGAUCACACCUCCAUCCAGCUAUGAAGAACAGGAUUCAGAUUUCAUAUACCUCAGUGGCGAGGCCACACUCCAACAAGAACUAGGCAAAAGGAAAGCAUCUUCUCCUACAGAGCUAGACCAGCAGGCCAAAACUCUAAAAGAUGAGGUUUCCUGGGCAACAUUGUCAUGGGACAGAACUUCACCUGCCACGCCCCAUGAGCCUACAAGCCCAUCCAGCCAUGAAGAUGAUAGUUCAGCUAUAUCAGACCUCAGUGCUCAGUCCAUACUCCAAGAAGAAUUAGAUAAAUGGAAAACAUCUUGUCCCACAGAACUAGAUCAGCAGGCCAGAAUUCUAAAAGAUGAGGUUUCCUGGGCAACAUCCUCAUGGGGCAUAAAAUACCCAGGUAGAAAUUCACCUGAUAAUCACCUUGAGGCUACACCUUCAUCCAACCAUGAUUAUCAGGAUUCAGAUCUGUCAGACUUCAGUGCUCAGGAAACACUCCAAUUAGAUAUAAAUGAAUGGGAAAAACUUUGGCCAACAGAACUGGAUCAGGAGGGCACAACUCUACCAGACCAGGCUUCCUGGGAAAUCUCCCCAUGGGAUAUAAAACAGCAAGACAGAACUUCACCUGAUACUGACCAUACAACCUCAACAUCAUCUAGCCAUGAAAGGAAGGAUGGGGAUGUACCAGAUCUCAAUGCUGAGGCUAUACCCCAACCAAAACUAGACCAAUGGGAAAUAAUGCCAUCAAUACUAGAUCAAGAGUUAAGAGUUGAUCUCACAAUUCAACACUCCAGGACAAUACCUUCAGUGAGCAUAAUAGAGUCCCAGAAUGUGGUUCUAUCUGAUCCUGAGCACAAAAUCAUACCUCCAUCCAGCAAUGACUACCCAGUUGGGGAUAUAUCCAAGCCAAAUACCAAGAUUACACUCCAACAAGAUCAAGAUGACUGGGAUAUAUUUUGGACAAGACUAGACCAUCAGACACAGCUUCACUCAACAAUGACUAUCAGAUCCAACAUGUCCCAGGCCCUAAAGCUGACAUAAUUCAAAAAGAACAAGAAGAUUUAGAUAUAUUUUGGACAAGAACAUUAGACUAUCGGGCCAUGACUCCAACAAACAAGGAUUACUGGACUGCAUUUCCUUUACUGAACAUAGAACAUCACAAUAUGAUACAACCUGAUCCUGACCACCAAGUAUCAUGUACAACCAGCCCUGACCAUCAAACUGAAGACACAACAGAUCCCAAUGUCCAGAGUAUAUUUCAAACAAAAAAA